CCAGAGUCACAAAACCCAACCAAAAGUUUGCUCUCCUCUUCUACGUCCACGGUGGUGGGUUUUGCUCCAUGUCAGCAUUCUCGCUGCAAUACCAUGAAUUUUGCAGCACUGUGGCGGCCAAAGCUGAUGUCAUUGUCGUGUCAGUCGAGUACGGACUCUUCCCUACCCGACCUAUACCCGCUUGCUACGAUGACUCCUGGACUGCACUCCAGUGGGUGGCGGAUCACGCAAAUGGGUACGGACCCGACCCUUGGUUAAACGACCAUGCCUAUUUCGGCAGUGUCUUCAUCGCUGGCGAAAGCGCCGGAGGGAACAUUUCGCACACGUUGGCGUUCCGGGUUGGGUCGAUCGGGUUACCAAACGUGAAGGUGGUGGGGUUGUUGAUGGUGCACCCAUGUUUCGGGGGUACAGUGGAUGAUCACCAGUGGCUGUACAUGUGCCCUGUGCAUGGCGGACUGGAAGAUCCAAGACUUAAACCCCCGUCAGCUCAUUUGGCGCUACUUGGGUGCGAGAGGGUGCUGAUUUUCGUGGCGGAGAAAGACCACUUCAAUACUCCGGGGAAGAAUUACUACGAAGAAUUGAAGAAAAGUGGGUGGGGUGGAGAAGCGGAGAUUGUGGAGAACGUAGGCGAAGUGCAUUGCUUCCAUCUUAAGGAUCUUAGCUACCAUAAGGCUGUGGAGUUGGUUGAUAAAUUUGUCUCCUUUAUCAAACAAUAAUCAACUGCACAAGGUAGCCAAAAGAUUAACAUCCAUCCUCUGCAUUUGACAGUGCUUGGAAGUUCCUACGGAGUACAGGCCAUCCAAAACUCUGAAACUCUGGAGGUUGUGGAAGCCAUACUAUCAAAACACAAGGUUAGUUGGCCCUUGCACCAUACUCCUUCCAUCACCAUUUAAGUUACACAAUAACAUAUAAAGCAUGUUUUUGAUUUUCAAAGGGUUAUGAACCAAACAAAACAGGAAACAUAGCAUGGAAAUAAAAGAGACCUAGCAAGAAAAAACAAAGCCAAGGCAGACCUCAAUCCAUGGCUUUGAACCACUACUUAUCUCAUUGCUGAUUGCUCCACAGUGAUUUGUUGGGCAACUGCAAACCAUAAACUUUGAAAAUCUCU